AUGGUGUCAAAAUUCAUUGGUCCUUCUCAGACUUUUAUCAUGACGCUGUUUGGACCUAAACCAGGUGUUAAGGUUGGUCUUAUCCGAGUUACGACCAACACACUAGAGGUACGGUAUGCCGAAGACAUUCGAUACCGCGACUUCUUUACUGUCGGAGCUACGGGAAAAUGA